AUGACACAAGGGGACCUUCAGGAAAAGCUAGUCCCCGCCUGCCGUAAGUUUCUGUACAUGAGCAUGCUGCCACAGGGAAACCAAGGCCCGCGGCUGGAGCUGAUCUGCCAGUACUACAAUGGGAAGGCCCGCUUUGUGACUCUGUACGACACGCUCCACCGGAUCCCCGUCUAUUCUGCCUACACCUUCAAGCGCUCCGACGGUUCCCGGAAGGUCGACGUUCCUUGGAUGUAUGAGCCACAGCUUUCCAUAGCCACGGGUUCACGGGACAUGGAGCAGUUCCCUCAGAGGGACCUCCACCGGAGCGCUGACGACGCUCAGGCGGUGCUGGAAGACUACCGGGACACCGUGGACAUCGUGCGUGGCCAGCUCAACCCGGACCAGCACCAGAGCGAAUUCGACGACCAGGCGGCGACCUACACCAUGACCAACGUGGUCCCGCUGAUCAAGGAGUUCAGCGAGGGCCCCUGGGCGGCGCAGGAGAAGGUCACGCGCCAGCGACUCAACAACUACUGCCGGGGCACAGCGUACGUCGUCACCGGAGUGUUGACCUCGGGAAGGGCCCUUCGUCGCUUCGACGCCGACCGCGUGGCCGUUCCCGACUAUGUGUGGUCGGCGUACUGCUGCGACGACUACGACUGCAACGCGCCGUACCACGAGUUCUCCCGGUUCCCCGCGUUCGCCUCUCUGGGGCGCAACAGAAGGCUGGACAAUACGGUGGAGGAGACGUCCGUCCAGCAGUUGGAGGACUUCAUCAAGAGAGCGACUGGCAAGAAGGUCAAUAUUUUUUAUAAGGAUUGUAAUUGAUAGAGCUGGCAAUUU